AUUGACGCAACCGGGACGUGAUUGGUUUUGAUUAGAUGUAAGUGACCGUAGCCGGGUGCACGUGUAGUGUCGCGUACGUAUCUUCUGCGGAGCAGUAUUUCAAGUGUACCGAUACUUCUCAGUUCAUUAGACAAUCGAUAAUACAUUCAAAGUAAAGAACAAAUACUUUGUUUGCGGAUGAAGUUAUAUAGGAACCGCAAGGAUUGGAAGAUAAAGUGAGACAAAUUUUUUCAUCACUCAGAGGCUGGUAAACGAUCAUGGCUGUACCAGGAAUAUUACGGAAGUUGAAGAUUUCAGCUCAGAAAAGACCGUUGCUCUUCAACUCUAUAAUAUAUGGAUCCUUUUACACCGGUGCCGAGUUCGCUCAACAAACCUAUAACAGAGCAGUAAAGUCUUCAUUACCGUCCCCGGUGCCGGAGAGGGUGGAACAGGUGAACACAAUCGAUGCCAAUACGCGGCCACUGGUUUGGAUGAGACGAUUCAACGAGACUUUAGGUUUAUCGGACGACGAUAGUUUGACGCAAUCAAGGAAUUAUAAUUGGGCUCAACUUAAGCGAUACGCUAUCUACGGUUGCUUCAUAGCAGGGCCAGUGCUGCACGGAUGGUAUAAAUGGUUGGAUACGUUCUACAAAGGUCAGGCAAUGAAGGUCGUUCUAGUGAAACUUUUCGUUGACCAAUUCAUUCUUACACCGCCAUUAGUUGUGGUAUUUUUUAUCUGUAUGAGCCUAAUGGAGAGCAAAACAGACGUUCUCGGUGAAUGUAAAGCAAAGUUCCUUCAAACGUUCAAGACCUCUUGUAUGUACUGGUUGCCGGUGCAAUUCUUAAAUUUCUCACUAAUACCGCCGGCGUUGCGAGUGUCGUUCGUCAGCGUUGCGGCGUUUUGUUGGGUGAAUAUUCUUUGUUACUUGAAAAGCGUACCUUUAUCCGAGUGUAACCCGAAUAAUAAGAUUAAGUAUUAACUUCUCGUGUCGAACUGAGUAGUAUAUCAAACACUUCUGCAUUAGUGCACUUGUAAAUGAUGUACAACAAUGAACAUAUAUAUUUUAAUAGGCACAUUUCAAUCUCGUCUUGCGUAAAUUAAUUUAUUAGCAACUUUUAACGACGAAAGAAACACUGCGUAUGAAAACAUAUCUAAGAACAAAAAUAUUUUUACAUUAGAUUUAGAAAAUAUUUUACGAUAACUCUAUAACGUUCUUGGCAUCGUAACCCGAGGGUACAAAUAUACGUAUUUAAAAAAUAGAAUUCUGAAUAACUUUCUGGCUUUCACUGCUAAAUUUUAUGCAGUUAAUUCUGUUCGCAAUACUUACAUAUACAAGCACGAUAGAGUAAUACUUCAACACAUCGACAAAAGGAACAGUAUUCUCGUAUCUUUUGCAAUAAAUUUUAAG